AUGCUUAAAAAUUUACUACCGAAUCCAGUUUCACGAGAUCGUCUGGAACAACAAAUGAAAUCAACAAUGUCGUCGACAUUUCUAUGCGUCAAAGGAUCUUAUGAUUGUCGAGAUCAUUAUAUCGUUCCAGUGGAUUCACCAUUUGGUGUUUAUAUACUCGAUCAUUGUUGCUUUGUGCCAUACAUUGAUCUUCUUAAAGAUGAACAAACUGUCCAUCAUCUACGACAGACAUUAAAUGAAUUGAUCGAAAAACUUACAACUAGCAAAGGUUUUAAUACACCUACACCAGAUGAAUUGGAAUUUGCCGGUAAUGGAAGUUGUAUGCCUACCUUUGAUGAUUCUGACCUCGACGAAUAUGGUGAUGAUGACGUUGAUUAUAGUCAAGUAACACAUGGAGGUAUGCCCUGUAUUCAAUCCACAAUAGAAAUGAUGAAUUUAUUCAAAUGGAACUCUCCUCCACCUGAUCGAAAAUGA